AUAGAUUAUACAGUAACAGAGCAAAAAUAAAGGAGAACACUUCAUUCUCACAGCCGAAAAGAUAAGAUGGGUAGUCUGAUCAAAGCAGCUCUGGGAGAUGCAGUUUUGACCUCCAUGUGGGUUUUCAGCGCCCCAUCCAUGGGGGUUUUCACAACCAUCAUAGCAUCGUUUCUUGGAGUCCAAGCAAGGUCCUUGAUAGGCCUUUUCAUCACCACCGUACUCGCCACAAUUUUGGUAUUGACUUUCAGCUUGAUUGGCAAGCUCUUGGGUGGUGCCAGCUUCAAUCCAUCCACCACAGCAAGCUUCUACGCCGCCGGCCUCAGUCCGGCAACCUCCCUGAUCUCGAUGGCUGUCAGGUUCCCGGCUCAAGCGGCCGGCGGGGUAGGCGGCGCCAAGGCCAUCCUGCAGGUGAUGCCUGACAAGUUCAAGCAUUUUGUCAAAGGGCCUUCUCUGAAAGUGGAUGUGAAAAGUGGUGCCGUUGCUGAAGGGUUGUUCACUUUUUCUCUUUGCUUUGCUUUGCUUUGGAUUAUACUUAGGGGUCCUAAGAAUCCAAUAUUGCAAAUCUGGUUACUUUCUAUGGCUACUGUGGGAUUGGUUGUUGCGGGGAGUGGGUUCACAGGGCCUUCUAUGAACCCUGCUAAUGCUUAUGGCUGGGCUUAUGUCAAUAACUGGCACAACACUUGGGAGCUUUUCUUUGUUUAUUGGAUUGGUCCUUUAAUUGGAGCAAUUUUGGCUGCUAGGGUCUUCAAGGUUUUGUUUCCUCCACCAGAACCAAAGGAGAAGAAAGCCUAAAAAAGAUAUUUGAUUAUGUGGCAGAUAUGUAGCUUAAUUGUAUCCAUCUCUGAUCUCUGUGUAUCAAUUCCUUAAUUCAAUGUUUUGGAUCAAAAUUAGAUUUGGCCUGCAGAA